CCGUUCGUGCAGAGUUAUGUAUGUGAACGUAAAGCGAUAAUGUAGCGCUAUAAAAGCCAGAUAAGAGACAUACGUGAGUCUUCCUACUCGCGAAGACUGCGAAAGCUAUCAGUCGUGUGUCGAUCGUUACCGGCACGUGCAGUUGUUAGAUAAGAGAUAUCGGAUCUGCAAGUGGUGACGCGUUUAAUAUCGCGAUCGUGCUCCAUUCGCAAUUUUCUCUAUCCGUGAUCUCUCAUUGACGCGGUGUGCCGAAAAAAUCAGGGCAAAUAAUAGAAAAAAGGAAGAAGAAGAAAUAGCAUCUUUAUUCUUCACGACAGAGACAUGGCAACUACUGAAACGUGCAAGACUAAGUCGACCAAGAGUAUAGGUCGCAGAAAUGUCAUUCCCAUAAUCCAUGUACGAGGAACACACUACGAUAUCGGCUUGGACAUUGGACGUACUUUCGCCAAAAUGAUCCAAGAUUUUGUGGACGUCUAUCCACCGCUGAACGAGAUCUACUUGCCGCUGUUCGCGACUGAGCAGGGCAAGAAGGUUUACAAUGAAACUCUUGACACAGUUAAGAAACAAUUUCCGCAGUACUUGAAGGAAAUCGAGGGAACGGCGGAUGGUGCAAAUGUGCCGUUCCACAAGCUGUUUCUAAUGCAUCUGGACGACAUUAUUACGACCGUUACCGGAAAACAAACAAAUGCACUUCCAGUCGGUUGUACAUCUAUUAUCUGCAACCAACCGGGACAUGAAAUCCUGGGUCACAAUGAAGAUGCCGUCAAGGAUACCUUAAAUCAUUGGUACCUCGUGAGCGCUCAUGUAAUCGAGACAGGUUACAGAGAGGAGAAGUUCACAUCGUUGAGCUAUGCCGGUUUCCUGCCGGGUUACACAAUGGGCUACAAUCAUCACGGUCUUGUUUAUAGCAUCAACACCCUCAGCGCGGAAGUCCUGCGAUCCGGCAAGACUCCACGGUAUUUUCUGACGCGAGCUCUGCUGGGCGUGGGGAAUUUUGUGCAAGCACAACAGACGCUGAGGAACGAGGGUUACGGCGCAGCGGAGGGCUUCUCGGUGAACAUGACGUUCCUUGCGCAGGAAGGCGACCGGAUGUUUCACAACGCAGAAGUGGGUCCGGUUGAGGUGGGCGCCAAUCGAUCACAGCUCAACAUUCUGACCGUCAGUCCGGGCGAGAAUACAUCGCAUUGCAACAAAUAUCUACGUUUAAAGGUGGCGGAAGUGGAGGGUAGUAUUAUAGAGAGCAGUAUCAGGAGAAUGGAAGCGAUUUCGAAGCAUCCGCCAGUGAAAUGUCGCCAAGAUGUAAUUGAUAUACUUAGCGAUCAAACGGGCGAGGAUUAUAGAAUCUAUCAAGAAUUUGGCGGUGACGAAAGAAUAAAAACGAUUGCCACCGGUAUCUUCGACUGCAGUGAGCGUACAUGGUCCAUCUAUACUGAUAUCCCGCAGGUCAACGAGCCGAUUCUGAUAAUACCUAUGCAACUUCAAGACUUUGCGGCUCCGCAAUACGGCAAAACAACAAAAUAACAUCUUUUCGUCUCUUAUGUCACGAUUGAAUAAGCUAUUAAAUUAAACCUAUUUUUGACACACUAACUUGGUCAUCAUGGUAAAAUACAAUAAUGUAGUUGCUAGAGCAGCUAUGAUUAAUUUACAAGUCAGAGAAUUAAAAACUGAAGAUAAAUUAUCCAUCGUUUAAUGAUGUGGACAUAUUAGUCUAUUUGUAUAACAUAGUUCGACAAUUAAGAGAAUUAUUAUAACCCGAAUUACACUGGGAUCCGAGUUGAUUUUCAGAAAUGAUUACACGAAUAAAAUAAAAGAAUAAGAAUAAUUUGUCCAUAACUGGCUAAUUUAUUAAAAUUUAGUGCACUACUUUUGUUUUGACCAAUUUCUGGUCCUUUUCAAGUAAACUAAAUUAAUGAUAUAAGUGUUUAACUGUAAGUGUCACAAUUAAUUUACAGUUCACUUGAAAAGGACCAGAAGUAUUGGUCGACACGUUGUGUGCCAAAUUUUAAUAAAUUAGCCAGUUGUGGUAAAAAAAUUAUUCUUAUUUAUUUAUCACUGGCAAGUA